CGCCUCCAACCGACUCUCGUCUCCCCGUCUGCCAGUUCCUGCACCGCCGAGUUGGCUUCGACUGCCCAGACAGCGAUACUCGUUCGCUUCACACGCAAGUUUCCACCACCACCACCACCACCACCACCACCACACACCCGCCAGCUGGACGCCAUGUCUGCCGACCUGUCCUGGGAGCCCGAAUUCUGUCUUGCCUGCGACAGGCAAACAGACGGCGCUACCUACUGCUCCGAGUCGUGCCGUCUAUCGGAUUUCGAGAAGACGUCUGCGUCAGCAAGCACGCCUGCCAGCUCUCCGGGGCUCGCUGGCUACAGCUGGACAGCCCCGAGAUCACAGGCCAAGUUCCACCUGCCGCCCGCCUACGAUUUCAGCAAUGCCCAACCCUACGGUUCGACGCCGCUGCCUCAGUCCUAUCUGUCUCAACGGUCCGAGUCCUCGUCGGGGUCUUCCGCCCGGGUACUCACCCCAUCCAGUUCCCACAGCAGCCUCUGCUCUCUCGGCAGCACGUCUUCGUCGUCGGCGUCGGGAAGCGAAGGAACCCAAUUGUCCGACAAGGCCAAGAAGCAAUUAAGAGACUACGCUAGCUCGUUCGAACACGCCCGCCUCCAACAGCGACGACGAUCCUACUAGACGGGCCCUACCGACCUAACGACGUUUCCUCUCCUCGAUUAUGAACAUCGAACACUCCACUUAUUAUACCCGCUAAGCUGAUGGCCACCACCAGCUCCAAGCGUCCACCACACGACUCAUUCUUUUUUCCAUCUUUAUUUCCUUGUUUCUGGAUCAGAACGAGUCGACACGAAGCAACAAACAAACAUACUCACCACACAUUACCGCCACUACUACCACCAUUACUUCUACACCAUCUGUUACUUUGUACAAGAGCAUCUUCCGGAGCACAGCAUCAUAAAAGUUUUUGGUCAUUUCGGGAUUCUUGUCUUGGCCUCGCGCUUCGGACCGCGCGGG